CUGGUGACGCAGGCGGAAGGGGCGGAGCUUAGGCGGCGGCGGCUGAGAAGGUAGCGGGGCGGCGGCGACGGCGGCUCCGGAGGCCGCAGUCCGGGUCCUGGCUUCGGCCUCAGCCCCACCAUGGUGACGGUUGCUGAACUGCUGGUGCUCCUGGCCGCUCUCCUGGCCACCGUCUCAGGCUACUUCGUUAGCAUCGACGCGCAUGCCGAGGAGUGCUUCUUUGAGCGGGUCACCUCGGGCACCAAGAUGGGCCUCAUCUUCGAGGUGGCGGAGGGCGGCUUCCUGGACAUCGACGUGGAGAUUACAGGACCAGAUAAUAAAGGGAUUUACAAAGGAGACCGAGAAUCCAGUGGGAAAUACACAUUUGCUGCUCACAUGGACGGAAUAUACAAAUUUUGUUUUAGUAACCGGAUGUCUACCAUGACUCCAAAAAUAGUGAUGUUCACCAUUGAUAUUGGGGAGGCUCCGAAAGGGCAAGACAUGGAAACAGAAGGUGGUGGAGAUACCUGGGAUGCUCACCAGAACAAGCUAGAAGAAAUGAUCAAUGAGCUGGCAGUGGCAAUGACAGCUGUAAAGCACGAACAGGAAUACAUGGAAGUCCGGGAGAGGAUACACAGAGCCAACGGAGUCUCGCUUGGUCGCCCAGGCUGGAAUGCAGUGCAUGAUCUUGGCUCACUGCAACCUCCGCCUCCCAGGUUCGAGCAAUUCUCUGCCUCUGCCUCAGCCUCCCAAGUAGCUGGGAUUACAGGCGUCUGCCAGCAUGCCUGGCUAAUUUUCAUAUUUUUAGUGGAGAUGGGAGUUUCACCAUCUUGGCCAGGCUGGUCUUGAACUCCUGACCUCAUGAUCCACCUGCCUCAGCCUCCCAAAGUGCUGGGAUUACAGGCAUCAGCUACCUCGCCUGGCCCUGUUUUCUUUUUAGAGACACACAGUCUUACUCUGCUGCCCACGCUGUAGUGCUGUGGUGACAAUAGAUAGCUCACUGUAGCCUCAACCUCCUUGACUAAAGUGAUUCUUCUGCCUCAGUCUCCCAAGUAGCUGGAACUAUAGGCAUGUACUACCACACCUGGCUAAUUUUAUUUUUUUUGGUAUAUUGUAUAGAGACAGGGUUUCUCCAUAUUGCCCAGGGUUGGUCUCUGACUCCUGAGCUUAAGCAAUCCUCCCUCCUUGGCCUCCCAAAGUGCUGGGUUUAUAGUGUAAUUAUUUUUAAUGUUGGCCAUUUUUAGAAAAAUAAAAUACUACAUAGUAAUUUUUAAAAGUUAAGGUUAUAGAAUUUGACUGGAGAGUCAGACACAAUGGCUUUUGCCUGUAGUCUUAGCUACUUCAGAGGCUGAGGCAGGAGGAUUGCUUGAGGUCAGGAGUUUGAGACCAACUUGGGCAACAUGAAACCCUGUUUUAAAAAAAAAAAAAAAAAAAAAAUUUAAAAAUAAAAGGAAUUUGGCAUGGUGGCUCACGCCUGUAAUCCCAACACUUUGGGAGGCUGAGGCAGGUGGAUCAGGAGGUCAGUAGUUUGAGACCAGCUUGGCCAAUAAAAUGAAACAUCGUCUCUACUAAAAAUACAAAAAUUAGCCACGCAUGGUGGUGCACAUCUGUAGUCCCAGCUAUUCGGGAGGCUGAGACAGGAGAAUAGCUGGAACCCAGGAGGUAGAGGUUGCAGUGAGCUGAGAUCGUGCCACUGCACUCCAGCCUGGGUGACAGGUUGAGACUCUCUCACAAAAAUAAAUAAAUAAAUAAAAAUAGAAAGAAUUUGAUCAGAAACUUGAAUGUAACAAAUUGAGUAUAGUAAAUAAAUGUAGAGUAAGUGUGAAUUUUACUUUAAGGAUCAAAUCCUUAGUUUGAGAGUUGGACAGAUGAUGAGAAUAGUUUGUCUUGUAUUUGACUGUCUGGUAGUAACUGUCAGUAUUGAUCCAUGUAACUGAGCAUCCUCUUCCACCGAGAACAACUGCCAAGUACACAGUAGGUGCUCAACAAAUAUUUGUCACAUAUUUGGGGAAAAAGACACUUAGACUGACAUAUUUUGACUUUGUUGGGGAAAAAGACACUUAGACUGACAUAUUUUGACUUUGUUAAGUCAUUGCAUUUCGGAGAAUUGUGAUUUUGAAAUAAUUCCUUAUGUUUUUAGAAGUCAGUCUUCUGAUUCAGCAAAAAGUAAUAUAGGAUGUUUCAAUGGUGAGGGAGAAAAAUGGUUGGAUUGUGUUUUAACCCUAGAAGUAUGACUUUGAGCAAGUCACCUUUUCUUCUCUGCUCCCCAUAUACAUGCAGAAUGGACUUGGAUAUACAGUUAUCUUUAAGGUUUCUUUCAAAAAUCUCUGCUUCUACGUUGAGAGGCUGAGGCAGUAGGAUCAGUUGAGGCCAGGAGUUCAAGACCAAUUUGGGCAACAUAGCAAGACCCUUUCUCUACACAAACAGAAAAAAUUAGUUGGGCAGGCUGGUGCACACCUGUACUUUUGGCUACUCAGGAGGCUGAGGUGGAAGAAUUGCUUGAGUUCAGUUCAAGGUUGCAGUGAGCUAUGAUUAUAUCAGUGCAUUCCAGCCUGCCCAAUAGAGCAAACAAAAACUUUGCUGCUGAGUUGCUUGGAGAUAAAAGUAGUUAGAGUGUAGAUGACCCACAGUUUGCAAUGAAUUCACUUCGAAAUGUUCAGCUUUGUGAUGGUUGAUGGUGCAAAAGUGAUGUGCAUUCAGUAGAAACUGCAUCAAGUACCCAUGCAACCAUUCUGUUUUUUUUUGAGAUGGAGUUUCACUCUUGUCCCCCAGGCUGGAGUACAAUGGCCUGAUCUCAGCUCACCACCUCUACCUCCCGGGUUCAAGUGAUUCUCCUGCCUCAGCCUCCUGAGUGUCUUGGAUUACAGGCAUGUACCAUGCCUGUAAUUAGCCACCAUGCCUGGCUAAUUUUGUAUUUUUUGUAGAGUUGGGGUUUCUCUGUAUUGGUCAGGCUGGUGUCGAACUCCCAACCUCAGGUGAUCCUCCCGCCUUGGCCUCCCAAAGUUCUGGGAUUACAGGCAUGAGCCACUGUGCCUGGCCCAUUCUGUUUUUUACUUUCAGUGCAGUGUUCAAUAACUUGAUAAAUAAAAUAUAAAAUGCAGUUUAACUUACAUGAGAUAUAAAACACUUUAUUAUAAAAUAAUCUUUGUGUCGUUAGAUGCUUUUGCCCAACUGUAGGCUAGUCUCAAGUUCUGAUCAUGUUUUAGGUAGGCUAGGCUAAGCUAUGAUGUUUGGUAGGUUAGGUGUAUUUAAUAUAUUUUUUACUUAGUAUUUUCAACUUAAGCUGGGUUUAUUGGGAUGUAACCCCAUCGUAAGUUGACAACAUUUAUUCUAUGAAUGGUGUAUAAAAUAUUACUUUGACACAGCCUGAAGACUAGAAUAAUUAUGAUGCCUAUGUUUUUCUUGGGGGGAGAAUUGUUGUUAAAUUGUGUUUGUUUGUUUGUCCUCAACAGUCAACGACAACACA